AGAGGAGGAGGCUGAUCUCAGUAGAGAUACUGAAGACAGUAUGGAGGAGGAGGAGGCUGAUCUCAGUAGAGAUACUGAAGACAGUGUGGAGGAGGAGGAGGAGGCUGAUCUCAGUAGAGAUACUGAAGACAGUGUGGAGGAGGAGGUGGUGGAGGAGGAGGAGGAGGCUGAUCUCAGUAGAGAUACUGAUGGUGGUGGAGGAGGAGGAGGCUGAUCUCAGUAGAGAUACUGAUGGUGGUGGAGGAGGAGGAGGCUGAUCUCAGUAGAGAUACUGAAGACAGUGUGGAGGAGGAGGAGGAGGCUGAUCUCAGUAGAGAUACUGAAGACAGUAUGGAGGAGGAGGAGGAGGAGGCUGAUCUCAGUAGAGAUACUGAAGACAGUGUGGAGGAGGAGGAGGAGGAGGCUGAUCACAGUAGAGAUACUGAAGACAGUGUGGAGGAGGAGGAGGAGGAGGAGGCUGAUCUCAGUAGAGAUACUGAAGACAGUAUGGAGGAGGAGGAGGAGGAGGCUGAUCACAGUAGAGAUACUGAAGACAGUGUGGAGGAGGAGGAGGAGGAGGCUGAUCUCAGUAGAGAUACUGAAGACAGUAUGGAGGAGGAGGAGGAGGAGGCUGAUCACAGUAGAGAUACUGAAGACAGUAUGGAGGAGGAGGAGGAGGCUGAUCACAGUAGAGAUACUGAAGACAGUAUGGAGGAGGAGGAGGAGGCUGAUCACAGUAGAGAUACUGAAGACAGUGAGGAGGAGGAGGAGGCUGAUCACAGUAGAGAUACUGAAGACAGUAUGGAGGAGGAGGAGGAGGAGGAGGCUGAUCACAGUAGAGAUACUGAAGACAGUGUGGAGGAGGAGGAGGAGGCUGAUCACAGUAGAGAUACUGAAGACAGUAUGGAGGAGGAGGAGGAGGCUGAUCUCAGUAGAGAUACUGAAGACAGUGUGGAGGAGGAGGAGGAGGCUGAUCACAGUAGAGAUACUGAAGACAGUGUGGAGGAGGAGGAGGAGGAGGCUGAUCUCAGUAGAGAUACUGAAGACAGUAUGGAGGAGGAGGAGGAGGAGGCUGAUCACAGUAGAGAUACUGAAGACAGUGUGGAGGAGGAGGAGGAGGAGGCUGAUCACAGUAGAGAUACUGAAGACAGUGUGGUGGAGGAGGAGGAGGAGGCUGAUCACAGUAGAGAUACUGAAGACAGUAUGGAGGAGGAGGAGGAGGAGGCUGAUCACAGUAGAGAUACUGAAGACAGUGUGGUGGAGGAGGAGGAGGAGGCUGAUCACAGUAGAGAUACUGAAGACAGUAUGGAGGAAGAGGAGGAGGCUGAUCUCAGUAGAGAUACUGAAGACAGUAUGGAGGAGGAGGAGGAGGAGGCUGAUCACAGUAGAGAUACUGAAGACAGUAUGGAGGAGGAGGAGGAGGAGGCUGAUCUCAGUAGAGAUACUGAAGACAGUAUGGAGGAGGAGGCUGAUCACAGUAGAUACUGA